GCUUUACCUCCGGGUAGCGCCUCCCUGUUGGGAUGGCAGAAAUGGUUGGCCGAUGAGUCCAUCAGAGCUGCCUAACUCGAAGUGAGCACAUUUCUGGGUGCACUGAUCUCAAUCGGCUCCAACUUUCAGAAAACAUCAAAGCUAUCAAUAUGGGUGCGAAGAAGAAGAAGAAGACGAAUAGCCGGGAAACGUCUUCCCCCCGAAGACGCAGUGUGAGAUUGUCUGCAAAAAUCAGCAAAGAUGAAGGAAAACUGCUGCAGAAAGUGAACACUCUCAUAGACCAGACAGCUGCAGAUGCCGUCGAAGAGGGACAGUGUCACUGCUGUGGAGAAGACCUCGAGACUGCUCAUACGGAAGGGCAAUUCCUAUGUGAGGAGGAAGAAUGUGAGAAGAAAUUCCGCCUGAAGGCCAGCUUGGAGAGGCACAAAAAAGUUGUUCAUGGGGAGGGUCCUUGCCAUGAUUGCCCAGUGUGUGGGGCACGAUGUGCUGACAAAGGAACCCUUGCCAGGCAUAUGUACACUCAUACAGGUUUGAAGCCAUUCAAGUGUGACAUAUGCCAGAAGCAGUUCACCCGGAAGUACCAUUUGGACCGACAUCUGGUCCAGACCGGGUGUGAUGGAAGCCCCAAACCCAGUCAUCCUUGCCAAGUGUGUGGAAAGAUGUUCACUCGCAAGGACAACCUGCGAGAACAUCUCCGAGCCCAUGCCGGACAGGUGAAGGAGCGCAAGACCUAUACAUGUGAAAUCUGCAACAAGCAGUUCAAAGGGGCCAUCACCCUUCUUACCAUACAUAUGAGAACCCAUACAGGUGAACGCCCAUAUGAAUGUGACAUCUGCAGCAAGAAGUUUAUUGCACAAGGAGCAUUGAAGAAGCACCUCAGGACUCACAGUGGUGAGAGGCCCUAUGAAUGCAAAGAGUGUCAUCAGAGGUUCACUGCCAAGGAGACUCUGAACCGCCACAUGCGAACCCACACAGGGCUGAAGCCUCACACCUGCCAGUAUUGUGGGAAGGCAUUCAUACAGCCUGCUCAGCUCAAGCAACACAUCUUCCAUCAUACUGGAGAGUAUGGCUUCACAUGCAGCCUAUGUGGAAAGUCCUUCAAUCGCAAGGGACGGUUAGAAAGUCAUGUCCGCUUUGUCCACGAAGGAGUCAAGCUGUUCAAAUGUGAACAGUGUGACAAGACUUUUGUCCGCAAAGAGGAUAAACAGAGGCACAUGUAUCUUCACACGGGCCUCAAGGCUCACAAGUGUCCCAUCUGCAAUAAGGCGUUUGCAUUGAAGCCAUCAUUGAAGCAUCACCUUCUCACUCACACAAGGGAACAACCUCGUGCAUGUGACGAAUGUGGCCGAGCCUUCAUCCGCCAGGACUGCUACCUACGUCACAUGCGUCGCAAACACAGAGAUCUCCUCGAGCAUCUUGUUGAUGAGGCUAACCGUCAGCGCUGGACCCAGCAUCUCCUCUCCCAGAGUCUUGGCAGUUCUGGUGGUGAUGAAACAGAGACUUCUGGUGACGGCACAGAAAAUCCCCGACCGUCAAAGCCUCCCGAGCCCAUGACGGAAUCCACGCUCCGAGAAUCUUUGAGUGAGCUUCUGUCCCUGUUGGUGGAUGAGGUCACGCUCAAAGGAUUCGGGUGGCCCGACUGCCCCAUCGAUGAGGUUCUCGAGGCAGUCAUCAAGCGCUGUGGGCACGCUCCUGCCCCACACAAUCUCUACGACCUUGCAGGUCGGCUACGUCACAAUGCCAAGUUGUUGUUCACCGUCGUCAUCGACGAUGCGGCAGUCAAGACCCUGUUAAACAACCAGACUGUCGACGAAGUCAUCAUGCAUGUUCUCCGUCUGGCCAAAUCAUAGUGAGGGUUUUGAUUUCAAUUGAAUGUUUUUGUUGGGAUUCCACUUUACAUCAUGUUGAUUUUGUGAGUACAAGGAAUCCUGGUUGACAGGGGCCAUGUUCCUUGCUAGAAAAGGUCAAUUGUGGAAUGAUGUUGGCAUGAAUGGAGUCUUCCAGUAGGUAUCACAUAAAGACAUGCUCUUCCAAACCAGAUGUAGCUGCAUGUAUCACUUAUUGCUGAUUCCUCCAUCUACCUACCUGUUUUGUUUCAGUUUUAAAAUUAUUCUCUGUGUAAUGAUAGAAUUCUCAGCACCUUAGCAGCAGGGCAUAGCAUCCCAUCUCAGGAAUGGGGGAGCUAUGCUUGUAUGUUGCACCUGCUUAUUGGGUCAUCUUCUCAUUGGGCAUUUGAAAAAAGAAAGAUAAAGUUAAGUGAGCAGUCAGUGCUUACUUCCAAUGGCUUGAUAGGUACAUGCAUUGUGAUUUUUCCUUCAGGAGCCUUGGGCACUAUGAGUGGAGGCAAAAAAGGGGUUUUCAGAAAGUGAGACUAGUUGGACUGACUGUAUGCAGAAUGUUUUGUUGAGAUUCUUGCAUAUGGAGAGGAGUUAGAGAUUUAAAGAGCUCUGACUUGUGUUAGCAAGAUUACACCUUCCAGUUCUCUGAAGUGCCUAGUACAAAAUUUAGAACUGGUAGAUCAAUUGAAUGGCAUUAGUAUUGGAAAUUUGAUGUGAGCAUCUCGAGUAGAAUGAAACAGGUCAAGUGACCCACAUGAAUGCCUGUUCCAGGUGCUCCUUGUUGGAAUCUUCUUUCAUGGAAAUGAAUGCUGAUGACACUUUCUUAUAUAUUUGCAUGUAGGAAGCUUCCAGCAGGACUCACAAGCAUUAUUGUGGAAUAAGUUUCUCCUAAAAAUUGACUAAUGCAAUCAGGGAAACUGAAGUUGGAUUAUACUGAUCUGAAUGAAUCACCAGUGUGCUCACAGAACAGCAAAUGCUGCAUUUAGUGAAUAAAAGGAUGCAUUCUGUGCAAUAGGUGCAGUGAAUGAGUAUCACCCGAGAUGUAUUGUUACCCUUUAUAGCUAUAUUAUCUUAGCUAAAUCACAUCCCUGGAACCUUGAUCAAGGGGAUAAAUUUUGACAGGCAUUUAUUGCACCCACUCAUCCUUAUAUAAAAUAUCUUGAACCAUAAAAUUUUUUGAGUGAUAGCUGGGCUAUCUUGAGCAUGCUAUAGAAAUAGCAUUUUAUGUUGCUUUCCAACAGCCCUAUCAGAUAGCUGAAUGCCUAUGAGGUCACAACAAACGAUCAAGAGAGCUUGCAUUAAGAGUUCCCCUUACCAGCAUGACCUGUAGAAAUAGCACACCUGUAGGAUCUCAAUUGUUGGCUUGUGUUGUACCAUCUCCCAUCAGGCUUUAUCUGAAUGUCCUGCUGGUUGCAUUCUGUUAGCCUUGGAUGUUUCAUCACUCUUGUUCCCAAUUUUUUUCCUCGUGCAUCUCUUCCAUAUAGUUUAUUUUUAGAAUACCGUUGUCCUUCGUGAAAUGUAAAUUCUGUUGGUACAGAUGAAUACUUUUUGUUCACAUUGAAAGCCUUGCAUCCAUAGAAUGAAAAAUUCUCUGGCUAUUGAGGUCAUUGGUAAGAUUUUAUCAGCGGCAUGGAAGAUAUCCUGCCCUUGUGCCCAUGAAAAAUUUUGUUAUGCACUUCAUGUUGAAUUUUUUUGCACCUUUUCUCUCGAGUCAGUCUGAAAGAGUCCUCUUUGUUUUGGUCUUUUUUAUUAUGAAAAAACCUGUUCGUCUGGGAAAGUGUAAAAGAGUGCCUUAUUGUGACAUUUUGUUACAUGAUCAUCUUCCUGCACAUAUUUUUUUGUACUAUGAAUAUUUCCCUAUUACACAAAUGAAGAUGAAAUGAGUCAUCUCGUGUUUCCAUAA